AUGCCCCAUGCAGAACACCCCGAGUCUCAACUGACAUCAGGAGAACAAUUCUUCGUCAACGACGGACCCUUGGCUCCUGGUCAGUAUGCUGACUUGCGAUCGACAACGCUGGAUACUCCUAUUGAAGAGGCUCGCAGACGGUAUAAAGAGGACGGAUAUCUUUUUGUAAAAAGCCUGCUGCCGAGAAAGGAUGUUCUCAAAGCCAGAGAGGAGUAUUUCAGGCUUCUGUCCCCGAGCGGCGUUCUCAAGCCCGGUACCAAACCUGUCGACGGCAUCUUUGACGAAACUAAGGAUAAGCUCGAUUUCCCCGGGAUUGGAGCUGGCUUCGCAGAUUCCAAUGGUCGCCCUACAGGGCCGCAUCCCGAAGUGGCUUCGUUGUUUGUUGAUCUAGCUCUUCAAGCGCACACCGAGGAUUGGUACAAGGAAGAUUUCUGCAAACAUCCAGCCUUGCGGGAUUACAUUGCAAAACUUACGGGCUGGGGUGAUGAUACGUUGGGAAUUAGGAGAACGCUCCUGCGGAACAACACCCCUGGAAACAAAGCAAUCGGAGUACACUAUGACCAGAUUUUCCUGAGACAUGGCGAGGACACUGCAGUGACCGCUUGGGUUCCCAUGGGAGAUAUCUCAAGGCAGGGUGGCGGCCUGAUUUACCUCGACAAAGGCCACACCCUCGGUGCAGAGAUUGAGCAUGAUUUUACGACCAAGGCGAAGGCUUCGGGAUUGACGGAUGAGGAGGCAAAAAGUGCCUUCAACCAGAAUAUGAUGAGUGGAGGGUUGCUGGCAGACGGCCCUGCAGAAUUUGGGAAGCAGUGGAGCCGUCGCUGGCUGUUGACGCCAUACGAGGCUGGCGAUGUUGUACUUCACAGCGCAUAUGCUAUCCAUGCCUCGACAAUCAAUCACGACCCGGACAACAGGAUACGAUUAGGAACAGACCUAAGGUUCGUCAAUAAGUCGCGUCCAUGGGACACCCGUUGGGCCAACGAUUACGCUUUCGGAGAUGGUGUUUGA